AUUAUUACGUUGAUUUUUGAAUAGAUAAAAAUGAGUGAUUUGAUUGUGCUAAAUGCUGUAGAAGUAGGUUCUACUGAGCCUACUGAAACGAUAGAGCAGAUUAUUAAAGAUAUGAGAAUUAAGAUUACCACUCUCAAAGGUAAAUUUAUGAAAGCUGAUGGAUCAUCAGUAAACUACAAGGAUAUGGGAUCAAGCCUUGAGUUCAAAGAGUACAUUAGAACCUGUAAUCAGCUGACUAUUGUACACCUGGAACAGCUGACUCAGGCCGAGUUAAAGUGUUUAUUCCUAAACCUGUACAACAGUUUAACUGUACAUGCUCUGGUGUACCAGAACUCCAAGGGAACAUUACCAGCAUCACCUAAAGAUGUUGACGGAUUCUGGAGGAUUCACUGCUAUAAGAUAGGAAAUGGAGUUUAUAGUCUUGAUGAUAUGGAGCAUGGUGUUCUUAGGGCUAAUAAAGGUCAUCCCUCUAAUGGGGCCCCGCAAUUCUCUGACACGGAUAUAAGAAGUAAAUGUGUUGUACAGAUCUUGGACCCAAGAAUCCAUUUUGCAAUCAAUUGCGGGGCCCUAUCUUGUCCUCCUAUUAGAAUAUAUAUAGUAGACAGACUAGAUGAUCAGUUGGAAAUCGCAACCACUUCCUUCCUAUCACAAGAGGUUGUGGUAAAGGCUGAUGGUGUGGAAGUAUCUAAACUGUUGUUGUGGUACGGGAAGGAUUUUGGUAGCUCUGAUAAAGAAGUUCUACAAUGGAUUCAGCAAGUAUGUGGAGAAAAGGUUCCUGGUCUAGGGGAAUACUUAAACACCACCACCUCCCCCACUCUACUCUUCAAGGACUACAUCUGGGAGACCAACAAGGAGUAAAUGUACAACAAGAACAAGAACUUCGUUAAGCAAUAAAAAAUUGUUAGAAUUGUGUUUGAACCCUUCUUUUCCAUGCAUUUCUUUACUCGCAGCCUGUCUUGAAAAUUAAUUUAAUGCUGUACAGUGUACUUUUCAAAAAGACCCAAGCGGCUGGUUCGUUAGUGACUAUUAACUAUUUUCUUGAAUAUGAUAAACCUUUUUUCCAAAACGUAUUCCCAAAUUUAUAGAAUAUCUGAAGAUAUAUUUAUCUUUGAACUUCACUAUCACUUAAGUUAAAUGAAAUACAUGUAAAAAAAACGUUUAA